UAAGCCUGGAGCGUUUCACUGUGGUGGGGCAUGGGUCCUAAUACGAGGCACAAUCUACCGUUUGGACAAUUUAAAUGCUGGUUCAGAUAGACUGGAAAGGCAGGGUGUUGGGGCUGGAGGCGAAUCUUACAACACAACAGAAUGAGUUUAAGAUUGUUCUUAAACAAUUAGAAGACUCCCUUCUUGCUCGACUAUCUGAAGCCUCAGGAAAUUUUCUUGGUGAUACAGCUCUGGUAGAGAACUUGGAGACAACCAAACUCACUGCUACUGAAAUAGAACGAAAGGUGGCUGAAGCAAAGAUUACAGAGGUUAAAAUAAAUGUGGCAAGAGAAAAUUAUAGACCAGCUGCACAAAGAGCAUCCUUGCUCUAUUUCAUUAUUGACGAUCUCAACAAGAUCAAUCCUAUUUACCAGUUUUCUCUCAAGGCUUUUCAUGUUGUAUUUGAAAAUGCCAUUCACCGCUCAGUACCAGCAGAUGAUGUUAAAGAUCGUGUUGUCAACCUCACAGAGGAAAUCACCUAUUCAGUUUUUAUUUAUACAACCAGAGGUCUGUUUGAAAGAGAUAAACUCAUCUUCACAGCUCAGGUGGCUUUUCAGGUUUUUUUAAUGAAAAAGGAAAUAAACCCACUUCACCUUGACUUUUUGCUGCGAUUCCCGUUUAAGGCUGGAGUUACAAGUCCUGUUGAUUUUCUUUCAAAUCAGGGAUGGGGUGGAAUCUUGGUCUUGGCAGAAAUGGAACAGUUUAAAAAUCUGGACAGUGAUAUAGCAGGUUCAGCCAAUCGCUGGAAAAAAAUUGUGGAGUCAGAAGCUCCAGAGAAGGAAAAAUUGCCACAAGAAUGGAAAAAUAAAGGAGCAAUGGAGAAAUUGUGCAUGAUGCGGUGUAUGAGGCCUGAUCGAAUGACAUACGCUGUUGGUGGCUAUGUGGAAGAAAAGUUUGGAGCUAAAUAUGUGGAGGGUCGGAGUAUGGAAUUUGCAAAAUCAUAUGAAGAAAGUAGUCCUUCCACUCCAAUAUUCUUUAUUCUCUCACCGGGAGUUGAUCCACUAAAGGAUGUAGAAGCACUCGGCAAAAAAUUGGGCUUUACCAUUGACAAUGGCAAAUUCCAUAAUGUAUCACUGGGACAAGGUCAAGAGAUAGUGGCAGAGGAAGCUUUGAAUGUGGCAGCUGCACAAGGACACUGGGUUAUUUUACAGAACAUUCAUCUAGUAGCUAAAUGGCUGAGUACAUUGGAUAAGCAAGUGGAACAAUAUAGUACAGGUAGCCAUGCAGAUUAUCGUGUUUUUAUGACGGCUGAGCCAGCUGCGAGCCCUGAGGCACAUAAUAUUCCCCAGGGAUUACUGGAAAAUUCCAUUAAAAUCACUAAUGAACCCCCAACUGGCAUGUAUGCCAACCUGCAUAAAGCACUGGAUUUGUUUAAUCAGGACACCUUGGAGAUGUGCUCUAAAGAAUCUGAAUUUAAGUGCAUCCUUUUUGCACUUUGUUAUUUUCAUGCUGUGGUUGCUGAGAGACGUAAAUUUGGAGCACAAGGAUGGAAUAGAUCCUAUCCUUUUAACAAUGGGGAUCUUACAAUUUCUGUUUAUGUACUGUUCAACUACUUAGAAGCUAAUCCAAAGGUACCCUGGGAUGACUUACGGUAUCUCUUUGGUGAAAUAAUGUAUGGAGGCCACAUCACCGAUGACUGGGAUCGUAAACUCUGCCGUACCUAUCUGGAGGAAUUCAUAAGAAAUGAAAUGCUGGAUGGGGACCUUUUGCUUGCACCUGGUUUUCCUAUCCCACCUAAUACUGAUUACAAGGGCUAUCAUGACUAUGUGGAUGAGGUGUUGCCUCCUGAGAGUCCAUACUUGUAUGGUUUACAUCCAAAUGCAGAGAUUGGAUUCCUAACAGUGAUCUCUGAAAAGUUGUUUCGCACUGUUCUUGAGUUACAACCUAAGGAAUCAGCUGGUGACAGCAGCACUGGAGUAACGAGGGAAGAAAAGGUUAAAGGAAUUCUGGAAGAAAUCCUGGAAAAACUACCAGAGGCUUUUAACAUGCACGAGAUCAUGGGUAAAGUGCAAGACAGGACACCUUAUGUUGUCGUGGCCUUCCAGGAAUGUGAAAGGACAAAUAUACUGACUGCAGAGCUGAAAAGAUCUUUGAAAGAACUAAAUCUUGGUCUUAAGGGUGAACUGACUAUCACAGCUGAUAUGGAAAAUAUUUCAAAUUCCUUAUUCUUUGACACGGUCCCAGAAACGUGGGCAAAUCUUGCAUACCCAUCACUUCUGAACUUGGCUGCAUGGUUUACUGAUCUCCUUCUUCGUAUCAGGGAUUUGGAAGUAUGGAGCACAGAUUUUACUCUGCCAAAUGCAGUGUGGCUUGGUGGUUUAUUCAAUCCUCAGUCCUUCCUCACAGCUAUAAUGCAAUCCAUGGCUAGAAAAAAUGAAUGGCCAUUGGACAAAAUGUGUCUAGCAGUGGAAGUUACAAAGAAAAACAAAGAAGACAUGACAAGUGCACCCAGAGAAGGAGCUUAUAUCCAUGGGCUGUACAUGGAAGGUGCCCGUUGGGAUAAGAACAGUGGAGUCCUUGCUGAUGCGCGACUGAAGGAACUUACACCAUCGAUGCCAGUUGUUUUUAUCAAAGCCAUUCCAGUGGAUCGUCAAGAUACAAAAAACAUUUACGAAUGCCCAGUGUAUAAAACCCAUACCCGAGGUCCGACUUAUGUCUGGACUUUUAAUCUGAAAACAAAAGAGAAACGAGCUAAAUGGAUCCUUGCAGGUGUUGCAGUUUUACUACAAGCUUAAAGAGCGAUGGAACUACUUUUUAUUGAGCUUGUUUAUCAUUUAUGGCAAUAGAUUUUAAAAAGCUAUCUACUUCAACCAUUUAUUUCAAUAAAUAGUAAUUGACUGGCAUGUUAAUUUGAUUUUAUCUGUGCAGAAACAAUACACAAACAAAAGCAGCUUGAGGAGCUCUGGAGGUUUGGAUGGCCUGUAAUAUUUUGUUGCAACAUUAAAGUUUUGCGCGUCACAAUUUCAUCAGAAUUCAAAAUGUAAGCAUGAAAUUCUUCUAAAGACUUAUAUAUACACCAAGAAUAGUCUUCAUAUUGUACAGAGGACUGGAAACCAUAGCAGGCAGGGUCACAUACCUAUAGAAAUUGUAUACCACUUCUAAAUUUCAGCAACUCAGAAUGCUUGCAAGGCUCUACCUUAUAUUGAAAACAGAAGAAAAUUCCUAAUCCUUCUAAUUUCUUUUUCCAAGAAUAGCAAUGUUGGGAAUAAAUAAAGAUGUGUGGACAUUAAAACUCAUAACAAAUAGCUAUUGUGCAGUUUCAGAUCAUUUGGCCUUGUGCAUGAUAAGGUACAAACUAAGAAAUUUAGCAAGUAAAUGGAAAAGAUGCCCUAAAUUGGGAAUUAACUCAAUGGUUGAAAGAAUUUAAAAUAAACUACAGUAAAUCAGCAAAGCAUUUCAACUACUCUUCAGAGCAAUUAGAUUUAGGGAAUAAAUGCUAGCUUACUGGAGUCACCCACCCUCCACAGAUCAUUGUAAUUAUUUUUUCACCUAACAUUUUGAAUAACAAUUCAAAAUAUACCACUUUGGUAGGAAAGCAAAUUUUUAAAGAUCAAGUUAUUCAUCUUGUGUCUACUUCUACUUCGUAAAUCUGCCAUUCUUGAAAACACUGGUCCAAGUUAUACAGUAUAACAAUUAAAUACUGCAUCUGCAAGAAAUCUAGGGUCAGAACAAAAAUUCCAUUCGUUCUUUAUCAGGCUAAUGAAGCACAGUAAGAAAGAACUUCCAAGCCAAGAAUUCCCAUUGUUGGUGUUCAGUCAAAUUCAAAUGCACCAAGAAACAAAUUCAACCUUUUUGUGACCACCCAGCCAUCAAAAACAAAAAGGAUUUUGACCAAUUAAUAAAAUCCUGGACAAUGUUUCUACAGGCAAGCCAGGUAGGUGUUGCAGCAGCCUGUCUCCCAAAAUACAACUGUUAUAAAAUGUAGUCAGCUACAUUCAAUACGACAUAAAAUUAAGGUACCUUUAUAAUCUUUAAGGUAAAGAAAUUCUGGAGUAGAAAUUAGAACACAUGACCAAGCAACACAUAUCAAAGUUGCUGGUGAACGCAGCAGGCCAGGCAGCCUCUCUAGGAAGAGGUACAGUCGACGCUUCGGGCCGAGACCCUUCGUCAGGACUAACUGAAAGAAGAGCUAGUAAGAGAUUUGAAAGUGGGAGGGGGAGAGAUGGAGCCAAGAGCUGGACAGUUGAUUGGCAAAAGGGAUAUGAGAGGAUCAUGGGAGAGGAGGCCCAGGGAGAAAGAAAGGGGGGGGGAACCCAGAGGAUGGGCAAGGGGUAUAGUGAGAGGGACAGAGGGAGAAAAAGGAGAGAGAGAGAAAGAAUGUGUGUAUAUAAAUAAAUAACGGAUGGGGUACACAUGACCAAGAUCAGGUUUCUACUCUGCCCCCUCUAAAGCACAUCUCUUGCAUAAAAUUACAUCAGAGUAAAAUCAAUCAUGGAAUCUUAAGGCUGUAUUGAUGAAAAGUUGGGAGUUUAGCUGCAGCUUUAAAUUUUCAACUACCAUUAUUCAAAUAGUUUUACUGAUAAAGAUAC